CAAAAAGAUAUCGGAGUAAACAUAUGUAACGCGAUCAACGACAGACGGCGCACUGCAAGAAAAAUACUCCCUCCCUCGAUCUUCGCCCCAGUCUAUUUCCGUAUAAAACAGACCAUUUCUUUCCGUUUGUAAAAUAACUGUGUUUUAGAAAAUAACAAGCUAAUUUAGUAAAUGUUAAAAUUGCGCGACUCUAAUAAAACAUGAGCCAAAGCGAAUGUCGUCGAUGAUCGAUUUGUGCUAUGGAUAAACUCAUAUUAUUGACAUUGUCGUGCAACGUGCAGCUCUACUUAACUGAAACAAUGCCGCCGAAUGAUGAUAUAGCAUACGCUAUGAACUUCUUGAAAUUUGUAACUCUGCCAUUAGGUACCUGGCCGUUGCAAAAAUAUGAUACAUUUUCUUUAAUUCGUUCCAUCAUAUGCAGCUCCAGUUCGGCUGUGUUAAUGAUCACGAUGUUCCUGGAAUUGAAUUUCAAUAAUGGUAAUGCGUACAUGAAACUCGAUGAACUUAUAAUUGUAUGCUGCGCCCUUCUCUCUGUAUUAAAAAUAUUGUUCUUUCGCUUAUAUGCUGACAAAUUGAUUCACAAUUUUACUUCGGCUGUCAUCGAUUAUCUCGCGAUUGAUACUGAGGAGAAACGCACAAUUAUGCGACGGCACGCAUUUUUGGGAAGAAUAAUUGCUUACAGUACUGUAGUUUCGGGCUAUUUAGCUACAACACUUUUUAUACUAAUGCCUAUGAUAAUAGGUGAUAAGAACGCUGAAGUUAACGUAUCUAUCAAGAAUCAAGCAGUGGAUUUACCCGUACCCUUAACAUGGACCUUAGGAAACUAUUAUAUAUCUACGACUUCAUAUUUCACGAUUAUUUUAGUGCAAUAUUAUUUAUUAUUACUCAAUUGCAACGGCAAUGUUGGCAGUGAUUCACUUUUCCUCGCUAUUACUCUUCAUAUUUGUGGGCAAAUGGAACUUCUAAAAACCGACUUUGCCAAUUAUGGCACAAAAAGUAAAAACAUAAAUAAAGAUUUUUCGCUUUUGAUAUCAAGACACUGUUAUCUAAUGGAACAUGCAAAACUUCUAACAGAAGUUAUAAGUGCCGUUUUACUCGUGCAAAUGCUCUGCAGUUGUUUUGUUAUUUGCUUUGUCGGUUUAAAUCUUGUUUUGGCAUUGAAAGCACAUGACACAGUAAUGUUCACGAGAUGCAUAUCAGCAAUGAUGUCUUUUCUCCUACAAUUGUUUUCGUACAGUUUCGUUGGCGAUUAUUUAAUGUGUCAAAUGAAAGAUAUUGCAGACUCAAUGUAUAGCUGCAAUUGGUAUUGCUUUCCAUUUAAAUUUAUGAGAAAUUUUUUAUUUGUCAUCAUGCGUUCGCAACAACCUAUUCAACUGCUAGCUGGCAGAUAUUUUGUGGUAAACAUUGAAACUUAUAUGACCAUAUUAAAAAGUUCCCUUUCGUAUUUGUCAGUUUUACGAGUGAUGAUGGACGCAUAGAACAGGGAGGACUAACCGACGAUACGUGUGAUACUAACAGCAAUCAAAGACAUUACCAGUAAUAUGCGUAAAGAAGCGUGCGUUGUAAAAAAAAUUUAAAAACUAAAUAUAAUAUAGUAAAAUAGCAAUUGUAAUCUAUUAAAAUAUAUUUUUUACACUUGCGCUUUCUUCUGCAUUAGUUUUACUACGAAUGUCAUAGAUAAACGUGAACAAUAGAAACAUAAUACUUAUCAGUUUUUCAAUAAUAGAUUGUGAUAAACUUGUAAAUGACAACCCAAGUAGCAAAUUGACGUCAAAUAUGGUCUUAAAGACGUUUUAAUGACGUUUGAAACGUCAAGAAGACGUCAUUAAAAGGAUAUUUGACGUCACCUUGCUACUUGAAAAACAAAUUAAUGUAUUAUUAAAAAUAUAAAUUAUGUUUUGAAAACAAUAAAUAGUUUUUCUUUUGCUUAUUUUGAUUUUCCAUUUAAACAUUUUAAUAAA